UGUCCUAAUAAAACCCUCGCUCCCUCCCUCCUCACUCGAAAAACCACAUAAACCCUAAUUUUUACAGAUUCCAUUUCUCAGUAACCAGAAAUCAAACCCUAGAAAACGAAGGUUACAGGUUGAAAGAGGGUUCUUGAUAAGAGCCAACAUUUACAGGCAACAUUUUGUCAUAUAAAGAUAUUCUUGCUGAAGAAACCCCAGAUUUGCAAAAAUGUCGAUGUCAAAGAGCUCUAAGAUGCUCCAAUACAUAAACUACCGGAUGCGUGUGACCAUCCAAGAUGGUCGGCAGCUGGUAGGGAAAUUCAUGGCCUUUGAUCGCCACAUGAACCUUGUACUUGGUGAUUGCGAGGAGUUCCGCAAGCUCCCACCAGCAAAGGGCAAGAAGAACAAUGAAGAGCGUGAGGACCGCCGAACACUUGGCCUUGUUCUUCUUCGUGGUGAAGAGGUCAUCUCUAUGACUGUUGAGGGCCCUCCUCCUCCUGAAGAGUCUCGCGCCAAGGCUGUCUCUGCUGCAGCUGCUUCUGGUCCUGGUCUUGGUCGUGCUGCUGGCCGCGGAAUUCCCACUGCUCCUCUUAUUCAAGCCCAGCCUGGCCUUGCAGGUCCUGUUCGUGGUGUGGGUGGGCCUUCCCCUGGCAUGAUGCAGCCACAAUUCAUGCGCCCCCCAGUCCCACAACAUUCUGCUCCACCCAUGACUUACCCUGCAUCAAGUGCUCCACCACCUGGUGGUGCACCUGUGGUCCGACCACCUGGCCAGAUGCCUCCUGGACCAUAUCCUGGUCAGGGUCCACCAAUGGGUCGGGGUCCACCACCACCAGGUCCACUACAAUUUUCUGCUAGGCCCCCCCAGGGUUUCCCAAUGCCACCACAGUUUGCCCAGAGACCUAUGGGAAUGCCACCCCAGGGACAGGCACCAAUGAUGAGAGGACCACCUGCUCCACCAAGACCUGGAAUGCCAGCACCACCUCCACCCCGUCCUGGGAUGCCACCUCCACCUGGUGGUCAUGUUCCUGUUUUUGGACCACCUCGUCCGGGAAUGCCGCCACCUCCCAAUGCCCAACAGCAGCAGAAUCAGCAACAAUAGAGAUUAGUUUGGUAUUCUGCUGGAGUUUAGGUCUUGGUUUAAGAUCUCAGCUUGGAAGGAACUCAGCUUGGAAGGAAUUCAGAAUCAUUGAGCUUGUUGUGUUUUUAGGAAAUGGAAGUUCCAAAAUUUUGUGAAUAGUUGCUUACUUUUUUUUUAUGAAUGAGUGAACUGUUGUUCUGUCUUUUGAAGAUGGAAAAUUGUGACGAACCAUUCUAAAUUUUCACCCUAAAGUGUGUUCAAUGCAGUGUUAGUCUCUGUUUUCAAUUGUCUUA